GUUCCUACGGUAUGAUAGUAGUUUCUUCAAAGCGUGCUUCUUUCUCCACGUCCGUUCUCUGACAGAUGCCAGAAUCGACACACUGAAGCGGUCUGUUGACGGGACGAUAAACAGCUUCUUCGCCUGUGGCAUAGCAGUCUAUCGUGGACUGAGAUAAUUUCAUUUCGCUAUGGGGGCAUCUUCUUCCAGUCUGCUGGAUGAGACUAAAUCCAACUACAUCAGAGGUCGUGCAGAGUCCGAGCUGAAGAACUUCAGUCCCCACUACAGGCAGCAGUACUUUGUAGCCUUCUUCUCUCAGCUGCAGGAGGAGGUGGAGCAACACAAAGAGACACACACUCAGCUCCUUAAACAGAGGGAGCCCCUUAGGCCAGAGGAAGUUCUGUAUCAGGACAGUGUUCUGCACUAUGACGACACCGGGAAGUGGAAGGAGAGGUUUGUGGUGAUGAGAGCCAAUCACAGCCUGGAGUGUCAUGACAACCAGGAGAGCUUCAGUAAAGGUGUUCCGGCCAGACAGAGACUCCUGCCAACAGGGGGCGUAGUUCUGACAUCAGAGGAGAAGUACACACUGCUGGUGGACAAGGCCUUCCCUGACCCUAAAUGUUUGAAGGAGGAGACAUCUCCCCCCAUGGUAGUGGUACCUUCCGGUCAGUUCCCUGUCUACCUCAGACUGCCCUACAGACGUGACGUGUACUUCAGCUUCCCCCAGGAGGACCGACGAGCGACCUUCCUCUCCAUCCUCACGGGCUGCAUCAGGCACCAGAACCACGAUUCUCUGAGGAGGUCUUCCUGUGAGUGUCAGGCGUUCCUCAAGGCCAUACAUUUCUACCGUCAGGAGAAAGGACACUAUGAGUCCUGGGACAUGCUGGUGGGCUGUGAGGAGCAGGUCCUCGCCAAUCUGGUUUUGGAGGAGCUACAACCCUCUCUACAGACAGAACUGCUGGCCAGACUAAAGGGAAAGAAAGCAGGGAGGAAGAGAGUCUGGUUCACCACGUUGGAGGCCGCGUACCACCUGGUCCAGGAUCAGCUGAGGGAGGGUCUGAAGGGACUGAAGGAGGAGUGUAAAGAGACAGCCAGGUCUCAUGAAGCUCUGCUUCGCUCUGAUAUGGACCAGAUAGCCAGUUCUAGAACCUUCCUGCAGGCCAAGCUACAAGCCUCCGUCAGUGAUCCAGCAGCAAAGUUCUGCAGUGAGAACGUGUCUCCGUACCUGGCGUCCAUCUUGGAAGAGCUGAUGUCUCCGGUGACGGGGGGCUUCCAGGGGGUCCGGCUUCUCCUGGAGGGGGAGAUAAACGCUCUCUGUCUGGGCUUCCCCGAGGGAGCGGGGCACGAGGGGUUAAACCAGGCGCUGGGUCAGAUGUGUCAGGCAAGUCUGGAAGAGUGUUACCAGAAAGUGGAGGUCCUGACAGAACAGCUUCAGGACCUCAGGCAUCGCUUCAAGUUCUCCAACUCAGUUCGUCUGAUCCACUGCACGCAGAUAGACAUGCAGCAGCUGAUGGAGAAUGCCAUGUACACCUUUAAAUUGCUCCUCCAGAGCUCACUGAAAGACAACCCUUCAAAACUCACCUCAGCCAUGGAGAAAGCAAAGCUCAGAGUCCUCAAGCAAUAUGACCAUGACAGUAGCACGGUGAGGAAGAGGAUCUUUCAGGAGGCUCUGGUUGACAUCACGCUUCCUGCUAUCAGGAGGAGCCUGGCUCCGGCACACAAACCGGACCUGCAGAAGUUAGACCAGUACAUCUUUGCUGAUUACACCAACUUCAUCAAAGUGGAAAACGUUUAUGAAGAUAUUCUACUGAACAUUCUGACCAUCGAGGUGGACAAAGUGGUGAAAGAAGCUGCCAGUCUGAGGAAGAACAACUUGAUGGUGGACAGUACUGACCUGCAGAGUGCCAGCCAGAGCAGCCUGACAGACAGUCGCACCCCUCCCCUCUCCAUCCCCGCCAGCCCUGCCAAGAUGGCUGUCUCUGGGCUGAGCAGACAGGCCGAGCGGGCAUCUUCUCCCCUGUUGCAGAACUCGUCUUCUGGCGCUGGGAGGCUGGAGGAGGAAGGUGGCCCAGUGGUCCCAGAUAUGGCUGCCCUCACUCCUCCUGUCAUUGUCAUAACUCCACAAAGUGAGACUCCAGACCCAGACCCACUCUCACUCCCAGCCCCAGCACAUAUACUCACCUAUACUGUUGAUGUCUCUGUAGUAGAGCCUGAUACCCCUUCACCUCGACCUGAAAUGUCCUCUGCUGAAAGGGAUUACCCCUCUGGUGCUGCCUCAACCAAACCUGAUGCUUCCUUAGUCAAUCAUGACGCCCCUUUGGCCACAAUCACACCUUAUGCCCCCGCCCCCCAGCCUCCUCUUCCUGUGGCUGAACCAGCUCCCCAGACACCGGAAGUUACAGACACAGCCAAAGCAUCCCAACCACCAGGAACUGAAGACAAACCAGACACAGCCAAAGCAUCCCAACCACCAGGAACUGAAGACAACCCAGACACAGCCAAAGCAUCCCAACCACCAGGAACUGAAGACAAACCAGACACAGCCAAAGCAUCCCAACCACCAGGAACUGAAGACAAACCAGACACAGCCAAAGCAUCCCAACCACCAGGAACUGAAGACAAACCAGACACAGCCAAAGCAUCCCAACCACCAGGAACUGAAGACAAACCAGACACAGCCAAAGCAUCCCAACCACCAGGAACUGAAGACAAACCAGACACAGCCAAAGCAUCCCAACCACCAGGAACUGAAGACAAACCAGACACAGCCAAAGCAUCCCAACCACCAGGAACUGAAGACAAACCAGACACAGCCAAAGCAUCCCAACCACCAGGGACUGAAGACAAACCAGACAUAGCCAAAGCAUCCCAACCACCAGGAACUGAAGACAAACCAGACACAGCCAAAGCAUCCCAACCACCAGGAACUGAAGACAAACCAGACACAGCCAAAGCAUCCCAACCACCAGGAACUGAAGACAAACCAGACACAGCCAAAGCAUCCCAACCACCAGGAACUGAAGACAAACCAGACACAGCCAAAGCAUCCCAACCACCAGGAACUGAAGACAAACCAGACACAGCCAAAGCAUCCCAACCACCAGGGACUGAAGACAAACCAGACACAGCCAAAGCAUCCCAACCACCAGGAACUGAAGACAAACCAGACACAGCCAAAGCAUCCCAACCACCAGGAACUGAAGACAAACCAGACACAGCCAAAGCAUCCCAACCACCAGGGACUGAAGACAAACCAGACACAGCCAAAGCAUCCCAACCACCAGGAACUGAAGACAAACCAGACACAGCCAAAGCAUCCCAACCACCAGGAACUGAAGACAAACCAGACACAGCCAAAGCAUCCCAACCACCAGGAACUGAAGACAAACCAGACACAGACAAAGCAUCCCAACCACCAGGAACUGAAGACAAACCAGACACAGCCAAAGCAUCCCAACCACCAGGAACUGAAGACAAACCAGACACAGCCAAAGCAUCCCAACCACCAGGAACUGAAGACAAACCAGACACAGCCAAAGCAUCCCAACCACCAGGAACUGAAGACAAACCAGACACAGCCAAAGCAUCCCAACCACCAGGAACUGAAGACAAACCAGACACAGACAAAGCCAGAAACAGCCCAGUGAGUGACAGUGUGUCGGUGUGUGUCGAGGCUUUGUCAGCAGUGAGUAUGAUUCUUCCUGAGGCCACGGUGCUCUCCACUGGUCAGAGACAAAGACAAGCCACAGACAGAGCAGUCUACCUGAAAACUCCUGCAGGGGUGAAGGAGGGGGCAUCUGUACCUCUCACCGUGGACGAGAAGGAAGAGGAGGAAGAACAUCUUUGUAAGGAGGCAGAAGCACAUCACAUUGGUACAGCCCCAUCCAAUGCCCAUAUAGAAACUGUAGACAGUGAUUUGGUCCACUCUGACACCCCUCCAGAAAUGAAAGCUAGUGGUACAGUCCAAACUAGCUCAUCUACCCAAGCCAGAGACACUGAACCAGCCUGCCAGACUCAGAAUGACCCUAACCCCACAGGAUCAGAGAUGCAGCCUGGAGGCAAUGAGGACAGAGCUGCAGUUACCUCCGUCACUAGAGUUACUGUCACUGAGAGCGAGGGUACCCUGCUUGCAUGCAAUACCCUGGUCACAUCACGAGGGGGUGCUACUACUCCACUCACUGGGCCUGAGGAGGGUGUAGUGGAGGCAGGGGAUAGAAGAGAGGCUCUGGGGGGUGUAGUGGAGGCAGGGGAUAGAAGAGAGGCUCUGGGGGGUGUAGUGGAGGCAGGGGAUAGAAGAGAGGCUCUGGGGGGUGUAGUGGAGGCAGGGGAUAGAAGAGAGGUUGUGGGGGGUGUAGUGGAGGCAGGGGAUAGAAGAGAGGCUCUGGGGGGUGUAGUGGAGGCAGGGGAUAGAAGAGAGGUUCUGGGUGUAGUGGAGGCAGGGGAUAGAAGAGAGGUUCUGAGGGGUGUAGUGGAGGCAGGAGAUAGAAGAGAGGUUCUGGGGGGUGUAGUGGAGGCAGGGGAUAGAAGAGAGGUUCUGGGGGGUGUAGUGGAGGCAGGAGACAGAGGAGAGGCUCUGGGGGGUGUAGUGGAGGCUCUGGGGCUACAGUCUAACACAGUGGGGAUGGAGGGAGAGGAGGAAGCGGUUCCCCUGGGUAGUGUGCAGUCCAUCCGUGACUUGGUGAUGGAGGUAGUGGAGGUGGAAGAGCUGAUACAGAGGUGUCCCCCAGAAAACAGCACUCCCUAGCUGGGGAAAGAACGACUAGGGGGGUGUACCAACAGCAGAGCAAUCAACGGUGUUCAUUUUGAACCCAAUUCAAAAUGUAUUAACUAUUUCUAUGUCAAAUAAAUGACUGAAAAUAUUUACUCUACAGACUGAUAGAAAUUGAGGAGGUCAUCAUCUUUCUCCUCCCUCCUCAGAGGAGCACACAGACUGGAGAAGGUCAUCAUCUUUCUCCUCCCUCCUCAGAGGAGCACACAGACUGGAGAAGGUCAUCAUCUCUCUCCUCCCUCCUCAGAGGAGCACACAGACUGGAGAAGGUCAUCAUCUCUCUCCUCCCUCCUCAGAGGAGCACACAGACUGGAGAAGGUCAUCAUCUUUCUCCUCCCUCCUCAGAGGAGCACACAGACUGGAGAAGGUCAUCAUCUCUCUGCUCCCUCCUCAGAGGAGCACACAGACUGGAGAAGGUCAUCAUCUCUCUCCUCCCUCCUCAGAGGAGCACACAGACUGGAGAAGGUCAUCAUCUCUCUCCUCCCUCCUCAGAGGAGCACACAGACUGGAGAAGGUCAUCAUCUUUCUCCUCCCUCCUCAGAGGAGCACACAGACUGGAGAAGAAAGAAAACUGACCAAAUAACAUAAACUUUAACAUCUGAUAGCUAUACUAACAAGGACUGCUAUUGGUGCAGCAGACGAUAAUACAACUUUCACUUACAUACUCAAUUUUAUAUUGAACAACUUUGCUUUUUGUUGUUGAAAUAAUUGUCAUCUUGUCAUCAUUUUGGGGGGGAUUGAAAUGAGCACUGGACCUUACAUUUUGUUCUGUUGUGCAGUUGGUUUUACCGUGACAACAGAAGUGCUGCAUUUCUAAGCCAUUUUGCUUUGUUCUGUAGGACCUUUUGGGACAAAGCUAUUUAGAUCUGAAUAUAUUUAACAUUUAAAAGAAUGGUAAGGGAGGUGCUUAAAUUAAUAAAAACAUAACAAACACUUAA